AUGCUUUCUUUGUGUCUUCCUCGAUUAUUCAUUCAUUCAUUCAUUCAUUCAUUCAUUCAUUCAUUCAUUCAUUCUUUCUUUCUUUCUUUCUUUCUUUUCUUUUCUGCUUAUUUCUCUGACUUUCUUUUUGUUUUUUAUUUCUUUUCUCUUUUUCAUUUUUUAUUAAAUUUUCUUGAUUUCAUUCUUUCUUGUAUGCUUCUUUUUUCUUUUUCUUUCUUUUUUAUUCAUGUUUUUUUCGAUUAUCUCCCUUACUUUUUUCACCGCUCUUCUCUUUCUUCUCCUUUGCUCUGUCAUUCAUUGAAGCAUUUUUUUUCUUAUUGUCGUCUAUCCUUUCUUUUUAAUUCUUUCUGUUUCUUUACAUUUUACAUCUUUCUUCAAUUUCCUUUUGUGUUUCUCUGUUCUGUUUCCCCCCCUCUCUAUGACUUAAAAAAAUCUUUUCUCACUGUUUUCUUUUUUAUUUUUUCUUCCCCUCUUUUUUCGUCUUCAUUAUUUUCCUUUUCCCGUUUUUCAUUUCUCUCGUUUUUUUUUGUUUUCCUUUUUUUCCAUUUGCGUCUUUUUUUUGUUGUCUCAAAACUGUCCUUUUAUUUUUCGUUCUCAUUUUGGUUUUCUUUGUUUUCCCUCUUUAUUCUUUUUUUUUUCUUUCCUCUUCUCUUAUAUUUACCACGCUCACUUUUCUUUCCUCUUCUCUUAUAUUUACCAUUCUGGCUUCUUUAG